CUAGGUUGCCAUUCCCCCCCGGUGAGAGGGAGGGAAGAGAGUUAUGAACUGAUGACUGAUGGUUGGCGAGGGGGGGAUGGUUCCCGCAUUCCCCGGCCUGCGCUGCCCGGUUGACUUUUUGAUUUCGUCAGUGGCCGUCACCCCACCUUGGGAAGCAAUGACCGUCUGUCAAAGUUAAUAUCAUGACCGGGGCGCUUCCGCGGGGAGGAAGCUUGAGCUGCCUUAUCUAGACCUCUUCUCUCCCACACUCAAACUCAUAUCCAUAUUCACAACUUCGCAACCUCACACUUCACCUCACUCUACCCAUCUCCAUCUCAUCAGCAGACAGCCUGAACCUCAACCCAAACCCAUAGUGCACCACGAACUACAAACAUCACUCACAAUGACCCAACAACCACCCACCGAAAUGCGCCGCUGGCAAAUCCCCGCCCCAGGCGCCUUCAUCAAAGACCUCGCCCUGACAACCGUCCCAACCCCGUCCGCCACGACUCUCAAACCAACCCAAGUCCUCGUCCAGGUCGUCGCGGCGGGCAUCAACCCAGCAGACUACAAGCUCCCGGACCUAGGCCUCGUCGCAAAAGCAAUGGUCUCCUUCCCCCGCUGCCCAGGCAUGGACUUCUCCGGCCGCGCCGUCGCCGUCGGCUCCGAAAUCACCGACAUCGCCCCGGGCGACCUCGUCGUCGGCCGCGUCGAUCCCCUGGGAACCCACGGCUCCCUGAGCGAGUACCUCGUCGCCGAGCGCGACGGCGUAGCCGCCUUCCCCCACGGAUCCGGGGCCGCGGAGAGUUUGGAGCAGGCCGGCGCGGUAGGCACGGCGGGCCUGACGGCGUACCAGACCAUCGCGCCGUACGUCAAGGCGGGCGACCACGUCUUCAUCAACGGCGGCUCGGGCGGCACGGGGACGUUUGGUAUCCAGAUCGCCAAGGCGCUCGGCUGCACCGUCACGGUCUCGUGCUCCACCGGCAAAGCGUCCCUCUGCAAAUCCCUCGGCGCCGACGAGAUCAUCGACUACAAGACCUCGGACGUCGUCUCGACCCUCCGCGCCAAAGGCAAGGUCUUCGCCGUCGUCGUCGACAAUGUCGGAAACUCGCCGCCGAACCUGUACAAGGCGUCUGACGAUUUCCUGCUCGAGGGGGGCCACUUCAAGUUCGUCGGCGGUGCGGUGUCGUUUGCGCAGGUGAGCAGCCUCGUGCCGAGCAUGUUUCUGCCGGGGUUCCUCGGCGGCGCGAAGCACAAGUUUGAGGCGUUCAUGACGAAGAACGUGCACGCGGACCUGGCGCAGAUUGCGGCGUGGAUGGCGGAGGGUAAGGUCAAGACUGUGGUUGAUUCGACGUACGAGUUUGAGGAUGCUGCCAAGGCGUAUGAGAAGCUCAAGGAGGGGUCGGCGGCUGGUAAGAUUGUGGUCAAGGUCGCGAGGAAGGCUUGAGGGGUUCUGGACUGAGGAAGGGGAAUUUGUAUCUCUGGAAUAAGGUAGAUAAAGAGGAGGACUGAAGGGUAAACAGGAAAAUUGUGCAAUCCUUCCAUACGGCUGGUAUGGAAGAGGUGGCCGGGUUGGUUGCUUCUCUUCUGUGGCGUUCUCGUGGAGUUUCUGUACAGUCACGCAAAGCAAGGUUUAUAUCAGUUAUUGAGUUAUGGGACAGAAUCGAUGUUAUUCAACAAGAUGAUGAAUCGAUUGAGUUUCUCGACUAGUAAGCACUAAUGUAUGCACUCCAUCUUCACUUCGAUCCGGCCUAUUGCACGGUGAUUGGGCACGAGCCAGUAAGCCAGCCAGUCGGUUCAUCUCAUCCCUCAUGUAAGACUUGGCAUCAGGGAGCUCCCGUGUCGAAACGGCGCAUGCGUUGUUUCCGCAUAGGCAGG